UUGAAUGUUUCAGAAUUGGCAAGCGUCUUCUCCAGAACACUGCAAAUAGACCAAAGCAUGGGCUUUCCUGAUUCCUGAACCGUCGGGGUGAGUUACAAGGCAAAGGACAAGGACCAUUAUCGGAGAUCAAAUCGGCAUCUUCCUUCCCGGCGAACAUUUCUAUCACCGACCGUUAGUUCUCUGCACAAUCUCCACCAUCGUUAUUUGAGUUUCUUCAGCAACAAGAAUGUACAAUAACAUUGGAUCGCAAACUGUGGCACCUCAACCUCCAGCAAGAUCAGGGCCUAAUCCUUUUGGGAAUACAUUUCAUGUAGCUGGUUCAGGUAUCAUUAGAGGUGGAUUGGGUGCUUAUGGCGAAAAAAUAUUGGGAUCGAGCUCUGAGUAUGUCCAAAGCAAUAUAAGUCGAUAUUUCUCUGAUCCCCAAUAUUAUUUUCAAGUGAAUGAUCAUUAUGUUAGUAACAAAUUGAAGGUUGUUUUGUUCCCAUUCCUGCAUCGGGGUCAGUGGACAAGAAUAACUGAGCCAGUGGGGGGCCGGCUCUCUUAUAAACCACCAUUUCAUGACAUAAAUGCACCAGACCUGUAUAUUCCAUUAAUGGCGUUUGGUACCUAUGUUGUUCUUUCUGGCCUCUCCUUGGGUCUUCGUGGAAAGUUUAGUCCAGAAGCUUUGAACUGGUUGUUCAUCAAGGGAUUGCUUGGUUGGUUCAUGCAAGCAAUGCUACUUAAGGUGACAUUGUUUUCACUGGCUGGUGGGGAGGCUCCCCUGCUAGACAUCAUGGCAUACGCUGGGUAUACUUUCGCCGGCAUGUGUUUGGCCGUCCUCGGGAGAAUCUUGUCAGGUUACUCUUACUAUAUUUUGAUGCCAUUUACCUGUUUAAGCAUGGGAGUUUUCUUGGUUAAAACUCUCAAGAGAGUCCUUUUUGCUGAAGUGAGGAGUUAUGAAUCAUCCAAACAUCACUAUCUCUUGCUCUUCAUUGCUUUGGCUCAGUUCCCUUUGUUUACUUGGCUGGGCAACAUUACCGUCAAUUGGCUUAUUUAGAUUUCAAUCUCUUUACAACGUGGUAUAUAUGGAAUCAUUUUUUCGUGGAAACUUUUACUUCUUGUUCGCUGCUUUUCUUGUAACGAUUUUUUCAUUUGUUUAGUUAUUUACUUCCCAUUCUCAUUUGUCCAACUCCAUUUUACUGUAUAUUUCCAUGCAAUCCUUUCUUCGGCUAUUUGAUCUAUUGAUGUUGAGACAGAAACAAGAUUAUUACCCCUUC